CACCGGGCAGGACUCCGGGCAGCGGCACAUCGGGCAGGACUCCGGGCAGAGGCACAUCGGAGGCACAUCGGGCAGAGGCACACCGGGCAGAGGCACAUCGGGCAGAGGCACACCGGGCAGAGGCACAUCGGGCUGGACUCCGGGCAGAGGCACAUCGGGCUGGACUCCGGGCAGAGGCACAUCGGGCCGGACUCCGGGCAGAGGCACAUCGGAUUACCAGGCGAAGCAGCAGGCAGCGGGCCACCAGGCGGAGCAGCAGCAGGCACGGGCCCCCAGGCGGAGCAGCAGGCACCCGGCCCCCAGGCGGAGCAGCAGGCAGCGGGCCACCAGGCGGAGCAGCAGGCAGCGGGCCCCCGGGCGGAGCGGCGGGCGCUGGGCCCCCAGGAGGGGCGACAGGCAUCGGGCCCCCAGGCGGGGCAACAGGCAUUGGGCCCCCAGGCGGAGUGGCGGGCGCCGGGCCCCCAGGCGGGGCGACAGGCAUCGGGC